UUAAGGCCAUGUUCCAUAUACUUAGAUGAGUACAAAGAAUGCACAAGUGUAAGAGGCAGAUUUCACCAAAGAUACACUGAAGGAGAUGUCAAGGAAUGUUUUCAUUGGAAACAAGAUCAUGCCAAUUGCAAACUUUAUGAAAAGAACAAAGAUCUGAAAGCACUGGCGUCCAUAAUCAAACAUGAGGAAGACAUGAGGGCAGAGAGAUUGAAGCGAGCCAAUGAGAACAAUGUUUGGGAAUACCGCACGGAACCACCUUCCCUGUGGGACUUUCCAAUACCUGCACAUCUUACGCAAACUUUCGUUCUUGAUAAAAAUAUUCCUGCAGAAUCAAAAUCAAAUUGUCUUAUUAGCUGA